UUAAACUGGAGCACCUUAAAUCCGACAAGUUAUCCAACCUAGCAUGAAAUCCUACUUCGUUGUACAGGUCCCAGGCCUAGUAGUGUUCCCUUUUGACUCGAUCCUUGGCUCGGAUUAAAAGCCGGUGCUGGGAGGAUAGAACAGUUUAUUUACUCGUUGGCCUCCGGAGAAUCUCCUGUAUGACUCUGCAUGCAUAGUUUCGUAAUGUCUUUUCACAUUACAUUCUUUCAUAACUUCAACAGUCUUUUGACAGAUGAGACAAACAACUAUUUCGUCUUUCGGUGGAAAAAAAUUAUUCUCACUGUUCUUGAAAGCGAUGGCUUUUUUUCUGAGAUGUUAAUGAUACUCACUGACGUCUAGUGGAAAAGUAACAUUCGGAAACUGCGUGUGAUCGUUUACUGUCCGUUGCUUUCAUUAAUGAACACAUUAGUUCCGCCUUGCUAAACUUUUUUUUAUUGGCCGGGCAAAAUAUGAUACAGUUAAAGAGACAAUUGCCGGUCGUUUAAAAUCCCUGCUCGGGCCGUAUUUUGGACAUCCACAAACAGUAGAAAACGGAAAGAAGCACUGUAAACAGACACGGAUAUUCGUUAACGAUAAUCGGAAAGCAGUCGGAUUUGAAAAGAACGUACGGGAUACUCGUUUCAUUCGAAUAUUCGGCUCAUCUUUCUUGUUCUGCAAUUCUUCAGCAUGUGGCUGUACUUCCUGUCUCUGUGUGGAGGGGGUGCAGCUAUCCUGUAUGUGCUGUGUGGCUGGCUUAUACCAGCAGCAGUGGAAGGCAGCCCCCGGCUAACUCUGCUGUGGCACGACUUCAUUCUGGAACAGAUCCUCAAUGCCCUAACCUGGUCCACACGACCUCAGCGCCUCCUGAAGGCCGUUCAGAAAAAAGCUACUCGAGGGGACCCCCAGAGUGUCAUCUCUGCGAUUGACAACUUUUGCCGGCACAAAGAGUGGGCCAUGAAUGUGGGCGAUGAGAAAGGUGCCAUCCUGGACUGUGUGGUCAGUGAGGUGAAUCCCAGCACUGCUCUGGAACUCGGAACUUACUGUGGAUACUCCACCGUCCGCAUCGCUCGUCUGCUGCCCCCUGAAACCCGUCUCAUCACCCUAGAGUUCAACCCUGAUUAUGCAGUUGUGGCCCGUCAGGUCAUCGCAUGGGCAGGCCUUCAGGAUAAGGUGGAGCUUGUGGUGGGGGCCUCAGGAGAUCUGAUCCCCCAGAUGAAGCAACAAUUUGGGGUCAAAGAGUUUGACUUUGUUUUCCUGGAUCACUGGAAGGAUAGAUAUCUUCUUGACAUCAAACUAUUAGAGGAAUGUGGACUGCUUAGGAGAGGCACUGUGCUGCUGGCAGACAAUGUCAUCUGUCCUGGGACCCCAGAGUACCUGGAGUAUGUGCGUACCAACCCUCGUUAUGAGAGCCGUUACUUCAAAUCCCACUUGGAAUACACCAAGGUAGAAGACGGCUUGGAGAAGUCCAUUUUCUUGGGUUAGGAAGCAAGAUACUUGACCUUGUCCUGUACUGGUGUUUGAAAGACCUUGUUAGAUCUGGUGGUUCACACCAUAUUAGUCUUGCCUAAAGUGCAAGAACAAUAAAAUGAUGAAUAAAAACUGCACAAUAAUGUGAAACUGCAUUAGUUUUUACUAAAUGUUCAUAAAAAGUGUUAGUGAAAACAGAAAUGUGUUCUUGUUCAUUUUUGUGAUGUUUUUUGAGGCAAAAGACAAGGUUAAUGCACGUUAAUUUAUAGUACUUGCGAUGCUUUUUUCUAAAACGAUUGUUAAAACCUGGCUACAAUUAAAUUAGUACGAUAUACCAUACAAUGCAACAUGAUAUUUUAGGGAUUUCCACUGAACCUUCAAGACUGGGGGGUUCGAAGCUCACCGUAUAUAAGCUAUGUUUGUGGUACUUGCAUGUCCCCCUAUGUUUGUGAGUUGACUCCUGCAGUUCAAAAACAUUAAAGUGAAUUAGUUGCCCUAAGUUG